AUGGUGAUGGUGCAUGGAGAUGACAGACGGUUGGUAAUGCCACCUAAAGUGGCAACUCUGCAGGCUAUUGUGAUUCCAGUGAUUUCUAGGAAUGCUGAUGCAGAAGCCAUAUUGGAGGCCUGCCGGAAAACUUUAGACACCUUGAAAAAAGCCGGUUUUCGUGUCAAGGCAGAUUUGAGUAGAAACCCUACACCUGGUCAGAAGUAUUGGCAUUGGGAGAUGAAGGGUGUUCCUCUGAGGAUUGAAAUAGGACAGAAAUCAAGUGCGGAGACGUUGGAUAGAAUUCAGCAAAACAUGUUUGAUGUUGCAAGGGAAAAACGAGAUGCUUGUAUCCAAGUUGCAAGGACAUGGGAGGAAUUUACGGAAGCUCUAAAGCAAAAGAAAAUGAUCUUGGCUCCUUGGUGUGACGAAAAGGAUGUGAAAAAACGAACCAAGGAUGAAGGUGAAAUGGGAGCAGCUAAGUCGCUCUGCACCCCAUUUGGGCAGCCUGAACUUGCUGAAGGGACACUUUGCUUUGCCUCUGGAAAGCCAGCAAGGAAGUGGACCUAUUGGGGAAGGACUUACUAG